AUGACUACACAACCAGGAAAGGCUACCCUUAUUCAAAAGUUAAAUGGUCCAGUAGCCAUGGAUCAAGCUGAUAUAACAGGCAAUGGUGUCAGUGAUAUUCUUAUCUGCUUUCAAUAUGGUAAUACAAUGCUAGACAGCGAUCCUGAAGGAGGAAAGAUUGUAUGGUUAGAAAAUCCUGGACAACAUAUCGAUAGAAAUCUAUGGAAAAUGCAUUACAUUGGAAGAUCCACAGCUAUGCAUAGAUUUAAAGUUGGUCAUUUUACACAAACUAAACUGCCUAUAUUAUUAUUUCGACAACCUGAUGAUGUACUCAAUGCUACAGAAUGGCCUUUUGAAAUAAUUAAUCAGAACUUUUUUCAUUUAAUUCAUGAUGCAACACGAUUUAAUAAUGAUCAAUUAGAUAGUCUUCUUGUUGCAUCACGCGAAGGUAUUAAUUGGCUUUAUUUUAAUCAAAACUUGAAACAAUGGAUGAUUGAGAAUAUUGGUAAUGGUGAACAAGAACAAAAACAACAAACAACUUAUUAUGGUAGUGGUGGCAUCGAUGCUGGACGAGUUGGAAAUGAUUCUUUUGCUUAUUUGGCUGCUAUAGAACCUUUUCAUGGAAACGUGAUUGCAGUCUACAUUAAAAACAUGAACAAUUCGUUGAAAACAAUCCAUUGGAACAGAUAUAUGCUGGAUAUUUACGGAUAUCCUAAUGAAUAUGGCGAAGGUUCAGCCCACUAUCUCGUUUGUGCUGAUUUUGACAAAGAUGGAGAUGAUGAAUUUUUAGUUGCACUUCGUGGACCAUCUCCAAAUCAAGGCGUCUUUUUUUAUAAAGCGAUUGAUCUCUUUCGUGGUUUAUUUGCCAAAUGGAAAGUAAGCGAGGAUUCGGCUGCCAGAAUUGCCGUUGCCGAUUUCGACAAUGAUGGUCUUUUUGACUUUGCAACUAUUAGCUACAGUGUUCCCGGUUAUUAUGUAGCAGAAAAUCCUUCUAUUAACAUCUUUUACAAUCGAUUCGCUAAGAAGAAACUACAAGCUAAAAAAGAAAUACAAGUGAUGAAGCAAAAGAAUGAUCUUUUAUUCACAGUUUCAAGACCCAACAAAGCAUUACAAUAUCAAACUCUACCAUUUAUUACAAUAGAUGGAAUAACUUUAUCAUUAGAAAUUCUUCCACCUCAUAGUUCACGUCAUGUCGACAACACUACUUAUAUUAAAGUUCUUUCUGGAAUAAUAAUGUGGACUGAUUCUUCGACAAAAUUACAUCAAUCUGUCAAUCACUCACGCAAAUUUCUCUUUAAACCAAGAACUGCUGCAUCUCUUGAGAUACACAGUGAUAAUGAUAGAAUUACAACUGGAAGUGAAGGUGCUCUUCUGAUUGUAUUCAAAACACGUAAUGAUAGUAAUAAUAUUCAUAGAAUCGAAGAUAUUCAAAAAGUUAUUAUUGAGAACUCAUUACCAGAAUACUCUCCUCAAGAUGCUCGUCAGCUUUCUUUUCAAUUUAUCAGAUAUGAUCAAUAUGACUCCUCACAACAGUUCAAAGGUCUUGAAUUUUACAAUAUGAAAGGUUUUGGGAUAAAAUUUGCUGAUAAUGACGAACAGCUUUGUUACAUGCAACUGUGGGCUGCUGGACAAGGUGUUGAUGCUGGUGUACACAAUCAUGCAAAGGAUUUCUUCUGCGAAACUCAUGUCUGUCUUAUCAAUGGAAGUGGAAAAGGCGGCAUGCACUAUCUUAAUGACUCCAAAGAAGAUUACGAUCCACUUACUACAUCAGACUCAGCAUUCGAAAAGUUAAUACUACCAUCUUUUUAUGAACAGGGUCCUCUAUGGGAUAUUGAUGCACAAGAUAAACCAGUUUUGCGCAAUGAUGGUACUGUAGUUUAUCCUUGGCACAAGUGGCAAGCUGGUAUCGAUAGAUCGUUUAAUCAAUCAUAUGAUGUUUGGGCAGUUUUUGAAUUCAAUAGUCAACUGUCAACGCUGCCUUCCUGA